AAACGCAUCGUUACGUCUGCGAUUCUGUCUUCGUGAAUAUGCGUACCGUACUUGUUCGUCAUAAAAAGGGCAAUAACUUAUGUUUUAGAGGGAUAUAACAGCUGCUCUGAGCUCGGCGUGGUUUAGUAGUGUCUUAAUCUCAAUAAACCAACAGAAAGGGUUCCGUACAGAACCUGUAGGAUGGCUGGUUUGUCUUUAACUGUCAGGCUGUGUUGUUUGCACCGUAGGCUGAAUUCAGGAGCAACCAGGAAGAUCUGUGCAAAAGGUGUCCGUCCCAGUAGCUCAUAUCCGGCUGGCAUCUCAGCGGCUUCCUUCAGAUGUUUGCUUCUUCUCAGGGAGCCUCUGUUCCUCCAGAGGGUCAUAAGAAGAGGCCUUUUCUCCAGCGGUGGAGGUGAAUCUGUACAGAAGCAGACUCUGCAGGAUGUCGCCAAAAACAUCCGAGAGCGACAGUACAGACGGGUUGUGGUGAUGGCUGGAGCUGGGAUCAGCACGCCCAGUGGCAUCCCAGAUUUUAGGUCUCCAGGAAGCGGUUUGUAUGAUAACCUCCAGCAGUAUGACCUCCCAUACGCUGAGGCGAUCUUCGAGAUUGAAUUCUUCCAUCGAAACCCAAAUCCUUUCUUCGCCCUGGCCAAGGAGCUGUAUCCUGGUAACUACCAGCCAAACCUGACGCACUACUUUGUUAGUCUGCUUCACAAGAAGGGGCAGUUGCUUCGGAUGUACACACAGAACAUCGACGGGCUGGAGAGACUGGCAGGAGUUCCUCCGGAGAUGCUGGUGGAGGCCCACGGAACGUUUGCAACGGCCACAUGUACAUCAUGUUUACGGAAAUAUGACGGCGAGGAUCUGCGACCAGAGGUGAUGAGUGGGAAGGUCCCUCAGUGUCCCACCUGUAAGGGCGUUGUGAAGCCGGACAUUGUGUUCUUUGGGGAGGAGCUACCACGCCAUUUCUUCAAGUACCUGGCAGACUUCCCACUGGCUGACCUGCUGAUCAUCAUGGGAACAUCACUGGAGGUGGAGCCGUUUGCAAGCCUGGCAGGAGCUGUGCGCAGCUCCGUACCUCGCCUGCUCAUCAACAGAGACUUGGUCGGACCUUUUGUAUGGGGCCAACGGACCAAUGAUGUUGUGCAACUGGGAGACGUGGUUGGUGGCAUAAAGACCCUUGUUGACGCUCUAGGGUGGACUCCAGAGUUAGAAGCUCUGAUGGCAGCUGGCAAUCAAAAAGUUUGUCCAUGAA